GUCACGGCUUGAUACCUUGGGGAUUUGAGCUUGAAUAGCUAUCAUCUUGCCAUUCGCAUCGGUGUCAGUGCGAUUUCGGCUCUUGGUCCUUGCACGGUGAUAAAGUCCCUCCUUUAUUCAUCUGAUUCUAUCCUUACUCUUGUCUAUCUUUCAUUUACCCCGCUGUUUGCCUCUCCACAGAGCUCUGGGUGUUGCCCGCCUGCUCACAGCUUUCGAAACUGCUGGACCACCUUUUCGUCUCUGGUCUCUAGUCUCUUCAAUUUCUCUUGAAGUCACCUAUUAUGGCCUCAGAGCAGCCAGUCGAAGCCGCCCCAACGGGCGGUUCUCUCGCCGAUCGCAUCACGGAACCCAAUGAAUCAAACACUUCCGAAACCCCCGCGCCCCCAGCCGAUCAGACAGAUGGCGCUCCCGCGCAACUUGGUGGCUCCGACCUCCACGAACCGGAGUACAACGUUGAAGUCAAGCUCAGCGAUCUGCAAGCCGACCCCAACAACCCACUCUACUCUGUGAAGAACUUUGAGGACCUUGGACUCGACCCGCGAAUUCUGAAAGGGCUGUCGAGCAUGAACUUCCGCAAGCCUUCGAAAAUCCAAGAACGCGCCUUGCCUCUACUGUUGAACAACCCUCCCAAGAACUUGGUCGGCCAAUCCCAGUCCGGUACCGGAAAGACCGCCGCUUUCGUUCUGAACGCUUUGAGUCGUGUCGACCUGUCGACGGAGCAAAUGCAGAAGACCCCUCAGGCACUGAUUUUGGCCCCUACGCGAGAGCUUGCCCGUCAGAUCCUCGGCGUCGUCCAAGUCAUGGGUCAAUUCGUUGAUGGACUCAUCAUUGGUGCAGCUGUUCCGACCGAUAGAGACAGCCGUCCCAAAAGACUGGAGUGCUCUAUUGUGGUUGGCACUCCCGGAACCGUAGGGGACAUGAUCAAGAGGCGUACUUUUAUCCCCAACAAGCUGAAAGUGCUCGUUCUUGACGAGGCCGAUAACAUGCUCGACCAGCAAGGUCUCGGCGAUCAGUGCAUCCGUGUUAAAGCUCUUCUGCCGCGAGAUAUUCAGGUCGUCCUAUUUUCAGCCACUUUCCCAGAACACGUUCAUCAAUACGCGUCGAAGUUUGCACCUAAUGCGAACGAGAUUACACUUCAGCACGAAGAAUUGACUGUUGAGGGAAUCAAGCAGCUCUACCUUGACUGUGUGGAUGGAGAGGACAAGUACAAAACCCUUGUUCAACUUUAUGGACUGCUUACAGUCGGAUCGUCGAUUAUUUUCGUCCAGACUCGUGCAGCAGCUCAAGAAAUCGAGAAGCGAAUGACGGCUGAAGGACACACUGUUGUAUCAUUGACUGGUGAGAGGGAUCCCUCAGUGCGAGACGCGAUCAUCGAUCAGUUCCGAAGAGGCGAAGCCAAGGUCUUGAUCGCGACCAAUGUACUUGCCAGAGGAAUUGACGUUUCCACUGUCUCUAUGGUUAUCAACUAUGAUAUUCCAGAACUCCAUCAGCCCAGCGUGCCUGGACGACAGGCAGAUUUCCAGACUUACUUGCACCGUAUCGGUCGUACGGGUCGUUUCGGUCGUGUCGGUGUCUCUAUCUCAUUCGUGUCGAACCGCGAGGAAUGGGAAAUGCUCAACCAGAUUCAGACAUACUUUAACUGUGAGAUUCAGCGCGUUGAUACCAAGGACUGGGAUGAGGUGGAGGAUAUUAUUAAGAAGACCAUCAAAAAUUCGCGCGCCAAUCCAAAAUUCGCCGGCGGGAAGGAAUAGAGGACGGCUAGCUCCGGCGCUGUCUAUUGUCUGACGAAUGAAUGGCUUGGGCUAUGUUUUACGUGUACACAGUGAUGAUAGUAAACUUUGAUGGCUACAACAUAUGGAAGGAGAAUAAUAGAUACCAUUGACUGUCAACCC